AUGGCCACGAUGAAGAAGGUCUCCUUUUCGCGACGGCGCGGAAAGUCUUGGAAAUGUACGGUGUUGUUGGACAUUCACUCAGUCACGUGUCAGGGCGUGGACCUCCCCAAGACAGGCGAUAUCUUCUUAAGUGUUUGUAUUAUGGGUCAGUGUAGGAAGACUUCCUGUUUUCCGCCACGCUUCCCAUUACACUUCAACCAGCGUCUGGUUUUUGAAAAGACUUACACCGAUGUUGUUGACCCCUCUGCAGUCGCUGACCUGCUAAAAGCUGACACAACAUCUUUUCAGCUGAUUCAGUCGGUGUCUCCAGAGAAUAAGACGCUAGCCACCAUGGAGCAAAACAGCCGAGACUUCCUGAACCCUGGGCCUUGUCUGAGUGCCGCUGAAGACUCCAUUUUGAGAGAUGUCUCGAUGAUGGAAACGUCCUCCAAGUUAUAUGGUGCAUUUCCCGCGGUGGCGUUUUCAGUGACAUCAUUCAUCGAGGAGAGUGAUUGGAUAGAUGGCUCACCUAUGAGCAGCUUCUCUUGUGCCGGGCCAAUGUCGACUUCGCCUGGAAAGUUUUCAAAAGACAAAGGACAAAAUGCAUCCAGGCGGUCGCCGUCCCCGACCCAGGACCGCCACAUAUCCUACAUGGCAAAAAGAAGGCCGCAAAAAUGCGGAGUUCGACUUGAACCAGGCUACCAGCAGCCGACUGUUUCAUCCACCUCUCGGGCGCUAUCGCCUUACACCCACCGAAAAAUGUGCCAGCUCUCCCUAGACUCUGAGCAGAGACUCCAACACCUUCAGCUUGGACCGCACUACUUCAAGAAGGAGACAGAAAGUAUCCCUCCGUUUUUGGUUCCCACAUGUAGUCGUCUGACUGAUAACCCUUCUUUUUUGCCGGAGUAUUACAUGCACUUCUCCCACACGGACGGGCUCUUCAGUGGUGACUAUGGAUUUCACCUUGACAGUUACCGACCCAGAGCUUUCAGAACGCGGUCAGAUCGUGCGUGGUCGUCUCCUGGGCCAUCAUUCAGACGUGAUGAGCUGACCCCAAAUCCUCCUCGAGCGUCCUCCGCCUCUGCUGCAGUUAAGAGGAGAGGCACUGUGACCUCCAAGCAUUCCUUCAGGGGAAGGCUGCAGACCAGUGAUCCCAGUCCAUCCUACUGGGAGCAGAUCCACAGCAGAGUACAGAAAAUUCUUCUGACACACAGAGUCCCCUUGGACAUGGACUGA